UGUAAAAGAACCGAAGCUAAUCCACCUUUUUUUUGGCGAUAUUUCAAUCUCCCCCUUCCCAAAAACACAACAACACUCAGCAACUGCAUAAAAAAGAAAGAGAGAAACUUAAACAGAAAAGGGGGAAAAACAGAGAAGAAGAGGGAAUAGAGGAAGGAGCCGGGCCGAUGCUGCUGGGUUCUCCGCCGCCGUCGCGUUGCCGUGCCGUCGGAAAGCCAGAACCGCAAGAGAAAGAACCGCGAAGAGAGAGGGAGAUCGCAUCAGCUCACCGUGAAGCCAGUGCAGUCGUCGUCCUCAUCGCGGGUCUUCACUCUUCACCAUCGCAUCUUGUCAUCGCCGCCACCGCUAAGCUUGUCGUCAUCGCCACUGAAGCUGAAGAGAGAGAGAGAGUUCGCGAAGAGAGGGGGUGCGCGCGCUCACGAAGGAGAAGAACGAUGAAGAGUGAAGGAGAAGCAGAAGACGAUGAACGCAUGGGAGAAGGAGGAGGUCCAUUCUCGCACCGUCCUGCUCUGCUGCCGCCGCUGUCGUCGAUUGUGGUCAAGGUCGUCGCCGUCGCACCCUGUUCCCGUCGCCAUUAGGGUUUGCUGCUGCUGCCAUUGAUAGAGCUGCCGCUGGGAAAAGCCGAAUAGGGAGAGGAGGUCACCAUCGCACACACCACCACCAGUUACAACCGUCGCCAAAACCAGGACAGAUUCACUGUAAUUGCUUUGUUUCAUCGAUGA